AUGACCAUCAUGUCCUUGGCGGAGGGAGAUGCGGUGGAGGUGCUGCAGGAAGAAUUGACGACGCUCUCCCAUCGAGCAUGCGGCGCCAUCCAGGGCAAGAUCACGUCCAAGAAGAUUUCGACCUGGCUCAAAGGCACUGUCAUCAUGUCACCAAUAAUAACGCCAGAACAGGAGGACGACGACAUUCUUGACGGCGACGACGACGGCGACGACGACGACGAAGACGAAGAAGACGAAGAAGAGGACGACCCUCAACUCCACCUCCUCCUCCACGACGAAGAAGGUUACCUCUCCGAUCUCUCGACCACCUCCAACGAAAACGAAAACGAAGGCAUCAUCACCAUGGCAGCAGGCGACUCGAUUCUUCACGAUAAUACAAGCAGAGAAAGUACCGCCAGCCGAAGACUAAUGCGACGAGCCAUCUCCUUGGAGGAUCUCAACACCGUCAAGGCUAUCCAUCAUCACAACCACCGUCAUAUCCUAGAUCAGGACUCUCCACCCGAACGGCCAUCCUCUUCGUUGUCCAUGUCCCUCCCAGUUCCCUCUGAUACCCUCCCUUCCCUCCAACCGGACGACCAGACCUUCUACCAUCGGUAUUAUCACCAUCGAUCUAUGGAACGGCCACCUGCAUCCAACUAUAGCACUCUCUUGGGCGACGACAACCAGUAUUCGCUGUAUAGGCUGGAUCAUGAUCACCAGGGGCCAGUCAGGACAAUGUCGCCUGAUGCGGACGUGGAUGAUUUGGCGCUCUUGGAUGAUGUUAAAUCGGCCCGGUCAACCUAUGCUGCGAAUCCGGUACUACAGGAAGAUGGCAAGGACGACACUGUUGCUGCUCCCGGAGGAUCGUUGGGUUGGUUGAAUGCCUCACCGCUGUUGCAGGCCCUGGUGAAUUGGGUGGAAGGACCACCAAAUCGACCCCAGCCGAAGAAGAACCCGAACGAGAAGCCCAACCCGAUCCUCGAGAUACCCUUCCAGUUCAUUGCGCUCUUGACCUACCCCGAGCCCGAUCCCAAGACUGGCGACAUCAUGUCACUCGCAAUGGUGAGGGAGACGGCAUUUGUGAGGCAGAGGCGCAAGACGCUGAUGAUGUUGACCGCAUAUACCCUUGUCGUGCGCUACUGCAGUUUCGAUUUCUUCUUGGUCGUCCUCUUUGCCAGCAACUGCGGGAUGCUCUUUUUAAUGAAGAACUCGGGACGGAUGAAUGUUAAUAUGGCGAAGCGGGCCGUUGGACAGCGUGUCGGAUGGGCGAAGCAGUGGGCUGGAGGGUUCUUCAAGCGAGGCAACGGUGGUGCGACUAAUAGUAAUGUCAACAGCAGUCAUAUCGGGGACGACACCAUGUCGAUACAUCAAGGAAUUACGACAUCGAAUGCCAGCUCCAGCAAGUCAUUACCCAACAUUUCGUCCGCACCUGCAGAGUCGAUCCGUAGUGGCGUGGGGAUGGCCACGUCGAUUAUUGCGGGAGAGAAGGCGGACAGUUCACAGGAGAACAGUCCUCAGACCAAGCGGCGGGGACUUUUCGGCAAGCGCAAGACUUACGCGACUAGUUUGGCGCCCAGUCAAAGGAUUGGCGCUUCGACUUCUUCGAGCUUGUCACCGACCAUCGCUACAGGAGAAGGGUUGGGCGGCGAUGAUGUGUCUGUUAUGACGGGUCGGACGAGGCGAGGAUUCUUCAAGAGGAACACCCAGAACUCUGCCACAAAUCGAUCAGCUACAGCGCCACCUUUGGAUCAACCGACACAGACCAUGCCCAAACACUCGACACAUUCUUCGACAUCUACCACCACAACGACAGCUAUCUUGACAGCCAAGAACGGGACCCCCUUGCUGUCGACCUCGCCUCAGCCCCUGGAUCAGCCCUCUUUGUCACAACUGGACUUGAUGCUGCCCGUGCGUUCUCCCAGUCCGAGUGCGCUGCGGAAAGAGGUUUCGCUGAACGGCAACAAUAAGUCGACCGCUACAGCAGUGGCAACAGCGACAUGUACGGCCGCAGAUGCUUCUUCAGGAAUUCCACCACAGACAGGAGCUCAGACAAUCAACUCGUCCGCAGCAUCGUCUGGAUCUUCUUCACCCAACUCGUCUUCACCAAAGUCCGCCUCUGCUACCAGCCAUCCAGCGACAAUGACGACUGCUGUGAAUCCAAUGGCGACAACGACUACAGCGACAACAGUGUCGACAGGACGGUCGUUGGCCUCGGCAAUCAACCCAAGGUCUCUCCUAUCCAGUUUCACAUCCACUUCGACCCAGAAGCAACAACAACAACAGCAAAAUUCUGUGACCUCGUCUGUCACACCAACUUUCCAGCCCUUGAUUGUCACCGCCAACGCGUCUACAACGACCACAAUGCCGAUUUCGCCGAGACCAAUCAAGGCAGCAGGACCACGGACAGGGUUCUUGAUAGGAUCGUUGAGUACCUCAAAGCUGUCUAAUGUCCGCGGAGGGGGUGGUGGCAGUGGAUCCAGCAGAAAUAACGAUGUUGGCACCUCUGAUGAAGGAGGCGUGUAUGAGGAGGAGGAGAGGCUGGAGGUGACGAUGGAGUACCAGCUGCAUCAACACCACCAGCACCCACAGUUCAACCCACACCGUCGAGCGUCGACUACUAGCACUGUAGGCAGUGUCAAGUAUUCUGCUUUGCCUUCGCCCACGGAGACGUUGUUGUAUCGGGAGCAUCACCAUCAGCACCCCUUUGCGGCCAGUGGGCAGGACCAUUUCCAGCAGCAACUUUCACCUCACCAGCAGGAUUUUCAUCCGAUGUGGCAGAUUAGUAGUGCUGGUCCGGGAGGCGGAGGUGUGACGGGAGGACUAGGGGUGAGAGUGAGGUCUGGAUCUGCGUCGGGGGAUGGAUUGAUGAUGGCGAGGGAUUUUAGUGGGAGAGAGAGUGUUGGAAGUGGAGGCAGUGGAGGUGGUGGAUUGAUGUUGAAGGAGGAUUUGUUGAAUCCUGUGACGAGCGCUGCAGCUGAUGCAAUGGUGGGGUUUUGA